CCCGUUGAUCAUCUCGCCCUCGCUCGUGACGGCAAGAUGAAAGACGUUCUGUACUACAUCAACCAAGGCUACGUACGACCUGAUGCUGCAACUUUCUCUGACUUAAUCACCUUCUGCGCUGAUCCGAAGCAGCUCGAAGAUCUUAGAAAGAUUCAGGACUUCUUCGUGCGGUCACAGUUUCGAUCCGAUAUUGAACUCAACCACAAGCUCAUUGAGAUGUUUGCAAAAUGUGGUAGCAUGAGCGAUGCCCGCCGGGUGUUUGAUAGAAUGCCCAACCGAAAUAUUGACUCCUGGCACCUCAUGAUGUAUGUUUGCGCGGCAAAUAAUCAAGGGGAUGAUGGGUUGCAGUUGUUUGAGCAGAUGAGGAAGUUGGGGAUUCAGCCGAACUCGGAGACAUUUUUAGCUGUUUUAGCUUCCUGUGCUUCCUCUGAGGCUAUUGAAGAAGGGUUGAUUCAUUUGGAUUCGAUGAGUAAGGAGUAUGGAAUAACACCAGGAGUUGAGCAUUAUAUUGGGAUGAUUGAGGUUUUAGGGAAAUCGGGGCAUUUGAAUGAGGCUGUGGAAUAUAUUGAUAAAUUGCCGUUUGAACCACCAGCAGAUGUUUGGGAGUGUCUGAUGAAUUUGGCACGAUCACAUGGGAUUGUUGAACUUGAAGACUGGGCUGAAGAGAUUUUAUUGUCUAUGGACCCAUCAAAGGCUCCUGCUAAGAAGAAGGUUCCUACUCCGAAGGCUGUGAGAAGGUUUGGGAUUAAUCACAUGCUCGAUGGGAAGAAUAAGUUGGUGGAGUAUAGGAUUCCUCAGAGUAUUGAUAGGUCAAUAAUUCCUAAAGUGAAGGAACGAGGAUAUGUUCCUGAUACUAGAUAUGUGCUGCAUGAUAUUGAUCAGGAGGCAAAGGAGCAGGCUUUGAUGUAUCAUAGUGAAAGGUUGGCAAUUGCUUACGGGCUGAUUAGUACACCGGCCAGGACUCCGUUGAGGAUUAUUAAGAACCUUCGUGUCUGUGGAGAUUGUCACAAUGCGAUCAAGAUUAUGUCAAAGAUUGUUGGGAGGGAGCUUAUUGUGAGAGAUAAUAAGAGGUUUCAUCAUUUCAAGGAUGGGAAAUGCUCAUGUGGAGAUUACUGGUGAAGAUUCCAUCCUUUGGUUAUGGCAGCAGAUGCUAUACUUGAAUACUUCUGAUAGAACAAAUCAAGCGAUAGCCUCUAAUUGGUCUCGGUAUUUGGGCUGCAUCUUGUUCUUAUAUGUCAUUUACAUAUGGCUUCCCAAGCUUUUUUCUGUCUUUGUAUAAUUGUAUAAUUUGAUGGGUGGAACAAUCUUUCUUUUUUUUAAUAGUGAUUCCCGGUGUUGUUUUGACGUUUUGUAUUUGAAGUCUAUGCGCUAGGAGAUUGUGAGGAAGGACUUAAUAUUGAUUUCC